ACAUAUUUGCUCGCUCGCCAUGACGAGAGUGCCACAAGUCUCCAUACCCAAAGGAACGCAUUACAGAACUUUCCGCGAUGUGGUCUCUGACAGUCCUCCUUGUUGCCAGCCUCGUUGGCUCUGCUCCGGGUGAGGAGCAGUCCCUCCAAGCAUCCGCGGCCGCCGUAGAGAAGGUCGGGCAGGCCCUCCCUGGCGUCCUGCGGCAGCAGUGGACGGAUCUGAGCACUGAGCUCCACGCCAGCUUCGAGGCUGCAGUCAAACGCGAAGCGGCCGCGUACUCCGAGGCCGCCUCCAAGAAGGCCGUGAAUGACGCCAUCGCGCUGCUGCGGAAGCUCGUCGCGACGCGGUUCGACGCCGACGACGCCUUCAAGAAGUCCGAGACGGCCGAAGUCGCCGGACUCGUCGCGAAGUAUUCGAGCCUCAUCAACGAGAGGCUCAAGCCCGCGAGUAAAGACGCUGGAGAUGAGGAUGCCAUUCUGGCUCUACGCAAGGUCAAGCAGACCAUGUUCGUGAAGCUCGAGCGCCAGUACUUGAGCAUGUUCGCCGCCUCCAGGGCCACCUUCCGUCGGGCAUUCCAGACCAUUUCGACCCAGGUGGCCAAGAAUGCGACUGUCCGCAAGAAUGUCAGGGAGUCGGCCGGGAGAAUGCUGCUUCACCUCGUCAACAACCAAAAGAAGUGCAUAUCCGUGUUGGCGGGGCAGUUCAGACUGGUGGAGAAGUUCGCCACCGACGCAGACAACGUCCUUUUCCGUAUCGCAGUUCCAGCGCAAACAAACGCGCUGUAGGUCCGCACUUCAUCGCAUCGCAGACAAUUCCUGCUGCCUGGUCGAAGAUCUACAGGGAACUUUCAAACGAAUGAUUCAAAAGGGAUUGUACACUCUCUGAUGACACCACGAACAGAAUAAAAAUGAAAGAAUCUUAA